UGCGCCCCACCCCGGCUUCUGGCCCCGCCCCUGACUCCCGUCCCGCCGCCGCGCCCCGCCCCCGGCGCGGAGGGUUCUGGGAGCGGCUUCCUUGGAUUUCGCGUGGCAACGACGCGGCGCGGAGCCUGGGCCUUUGGGUUAGCGAGUGUGGCGUCGCCGUAGCCGCGUUGUCCCUGUUUGGACUCGCGGUCGCCCUGCUUUCCUUACCGCGAGGUAAAUACUUUGGAGUGAAGUCACUGGGUCAUAAGAGCAACAUAUUAACUUGAUGAAACAUCCAGGCUUCUUUCCAAAACUGUACAGUCUAACUCCCCAGCCAACAGGUACAGAUGAUGCAAAAUGUACACCUUGCUCCAGAAACAGAUGAAGAUGAUCUUUAUUCUGGCUAUAAUGACUACAAUCCGACCUAUGAUACUGAGGAAUUGGAAAAUGACACAGCUUUCCAGCAAGCUCUGAGAACUAGUCAUGGCAGAAGACCUCCAAUAACUGCUAAAAUACCAAGCACAGCAGUUACUAGACCUGUAGCUACUGGAUAUGGGUCCAAGACAUCCCUGGCAUCUUCAAUGGGAAGACCAAUGACAGGGGCUAUUCAGGAUGGAGUUACGAGACCUAUGACAGCAGUGAGAGCCGCAGGCUUUACAAAAGCAGCUUUGAGAGGCUCUGCAUUUGACCCUCUUGGUCAGUCAAGGGGACCUGCUCCACCUUUGGAAGCCAAAAAUGAAGAUAGCCCUGAAGAAAAGAUUAGACAAUUAGAGAAGAAAGUAAAUGAGUUGGUAGAAGAAAGCUGUAUUGCCAACAGUUGUGGAGACUUAAAAUUGGCUUUAGAAAAGGCAAAGGAUGCAGGAAGAAAAGAGAGAAUUCUUGUGAGACAGCGAGAACAAAUCAUAACCCCAGAAAAUAUCAAUUUGGAUUUAACUUACUCAGUUCUUUUCAAUUUGGCCAGUCAGUAUUCAGCUAAUGAAAUGUAUGCUGAGGCACUAAAUACAUACCAAGUUAUAGUGAAAAAUAAGAUGUUUAGCAAUGCAGGAAGGUUGAAAGUGAAUAUGGGAAAUAUUUAUUUGAAGCAAAGAAAUUAUUCCAAAGCCAUUAAAUUUUAUCGAAUGGCAUUAGAUCAAAUUCCGAGUGUUCAUAAAGAAAUGAGAAUUAAAAUUAUGCAAAAUAUUGGAGUUACAUUUAUUAAAACUGGUCAGUAUUCAGAUGCCAUUAAUUCGUUUGAGCACAUAAUGAGUAUGGCACCAAAUCUGAAGGCAGGCUUCAACCUAAUUCUUAGUUAUUUUGCCAUUGGAGAUAGAGAAAAAAUGAAGAAGGCUUUUCAAAAGUUGAUUGCUGUUCCAUUAGAAAUUGAUGAAGAUGAUAAAUAUAUUUCACCAAAUGAUGAUCCACAUACUAAUUUAGUGAUUGAAGCUAUAAAAAAUGAUCUUCUACGGCAAAUGGAACGUGAAAGGAAAGCCAUGGCAGAAAAAUACAUCAUGACAGCUGCAAAACUCAUUGCUCCAGUGAUUGAAACAUCUUUUGCUGUAGGCUAUGACUGGUGUGUUGAAGUUGUGAAAGCGUCUCAGUAUGUUGAGCUAGCAAAUGAUCUGGAAAUAAACAAAGCAAUUACAUACUUGAGACAAAAGGACUUUAAUCAAGCCGUAGAGACCUUAAAAAUGUUUGAAAAGAAAGAUAGCAGAGUGAAAAGUGCAGCUGCAACCAAUCUUUCUUUCCUGUAUUAUUUGGAAAAUGAAUUCACACAAGCAAGCAGCUAUGCAGAUCUAGCUGUGAACUCUGAUAGAUAUAAUCCAUCAGCUCUUACCAAUAAAGGAAAUACAGUUUUUGCAAAUGGUGAUUAUGAGAAGGCAGCAGAAUUCUACAAAGAGGCUCUAAGAAAUGAUUCUUCUUGUACUGAAGCACUUUAUAAUAUUGGUCUUACCUACAAAAAGUUAAAUAGAUUUCUUGAAGCUUUGGACUGUUUCCUGAAACUUCAUGCAAUCCUAAGAAACAGCGCCCAGGUUCUUUACCAGAUUGCGAAUGUAUAUGAAUUAAUGGAAGAUCCCAAUCAAGCAAUUGAAUGGUUAAUGCAGCUGAUAAGUGUUGUUCCGACUGAUUCUAAAGCUUUGUCUAAAUUAGGAGAAUUAUAUGACAAUGAAGGAGAUAAAUCUCAAGCCUUUCAGUAUUACUAUGAGUCAUAUAGGUAUUUUCCUUCUAAUAUUGAAGUUAUUGAAUGGCUUGGAGCUUAUUACAUUGACACACAGUUUUGUGAAAAAGCAAUUCAGUACUUUGAAAGAGCUUCUCUUAUACAACCUACACAAGUGAAAUGGCAAUUGAUGGUAGCCAGUUGUUUUAGAAGAAGUGGUAACUAUCAGAAAGCAUUAGAUACAUAUAAAGAAAUUCACAGAAAAUUUCCAGAGAACGUUGAAUGUCUGCGCUUCUUGGUUCGCCUUUGCACAGAUAUUGGAUUAAAAGAAGUUCAAGAAUAUGCUACGAAACUCAAGAGAUUGGAAAAAAUGAAAGAAAUAAGGGAACAGCGUGUGAAGUCUGGGCGAGACGGCAGCGGGGGUUCCCGUGGCAAGCGAGAGGGGAGUGCGGGCAGUGAUAGUGGCCAGAACUAUAGUGCAAGUAGCAAAGGUGAACGACUAAGUGCCCAACUCAGAGCUUUCCCCGGGACCAGUGAACCUUAUGAAAGUAGCAGUAACAAAGAAAUAGAUGCCUCCUAUGUGGACCCGCUUGGCCCUCAAACAGAAAGACCAAAAACCUCAGCCAAGAAAAGAACCGACGAGGAUGAUUUUGCUGAUGAAGAGUUGGGAGAUGAUUUGCUUCCAGAAUAAUAUAUGUAUUCACAUGUUGUUUGUUAGAGGAAAGAAAGUCACCCUUAAAAAUAGUACUCAUGCUAAACUUUGGUUGAAAUAUCCAAAUUUUACAUUUUACAUUUCGCAUACUGUCAAAAUGUUAAAUAACUGUUUAUUCGAUUCUGUGAGCUAUUUAUUCUAUUUUGUCUGUUUAUGAUUUUUUAAUGGAAUAAAAAAUUGCAAAUACUUCCUUACCUUUUUGAAAAUACUGACAGAAAAUAAAUGUUGUCAUACACAACCCUUAAUACUGCAGAGUGUGCAGAUAUUGUGUAUAAUUUAAUUGGAGACACUAAUUUGUUUCAUGAUCCGAAACUUGAAAAAUGCAGUACUAGGUUGCAUCCCUGAUGAAUGACUUGGAAUUUGGGGCCAGGGAUGGCCAAGUAAAACACUCACUAUGCGUGUGGAGCCCUGGGUUUGAUCCCUGUGUGGCACUUGAGCACUGCCAGGUGUAGUCCUGGUGACUGUACACUGCCCCCCUUAGUCCCCCUCCCCUCAAGCUCCACUAGGCUGAGCCCACUACAAACCAGCAGAAAAUUAUUUGGAAGGGGUUGGAGAGAUGGGACUGCAAGUAGGCCCGUGCCUUACGUGCAGCCAAAUCCCAGGCACCCAUGCAGUCCCCAAAUGCCACUGGGAGUAAUUUUUUUUUUUUUUUGCUUUUUUGGGUCACACCUGGUGAUGUACAGGGGUUACUCCUGGCUCUGCACUCAGGAACUACCCCUGGCCGUGCUCAGGGGACCAUAUGGGAUGCUGGGAUUUGAACCCGGGUCGGCCGCGUGCAAGGCAAACGCCGCUGUGCUAUCUCUCCAGCCCCAGGAGGGAGUAAUUCUUAAAUGCAGAGCAGAGCAUAACCCUCGAGCACUGCCAGAUGUGGCCCCAAAAUAACAAAAAUUUUUACUUGAAAAUUAUUAAGCUUCUAGAAGUUUGGUCUCCAGGUGAUAAUACAGUUAAAACAAUUGUAUUUAGUACAGAGCAAGGAAAUACCAUAAUUAACUCCACAUAAGUUUCUUAGUUCCUUUAUGCCUUAGCUCUACAGCGUGCAUUACUAACGGUGAUCAGUGAUGGCUCUUAAGAAGCUUUUCCUGUUUGUUGCUGAGGAGAUGGGAUGGAGGCCAGGAACCGCCUGCAUUUUUCUUUAGCAAUAUAUUUGGCUGGAUAAACACUAGCCAGAGAAAUCACAGUGAUGGGACGGUUAGAAAAAUGGCUCAUCUUUGGGGCCAGAGCAAUAGUUCAAUGUGUGGGUCACUUGCCUUGCAUGCCGCUGAACUGAGUUCAAUACCCAGCACCCCAUAUGGCCCCCUGGGCACCAACAGGAGUGAUUCCUUAGCACACAGUAAUUCAGUAAGUAGUAGGAGCCAGGACUAAUUCCAAGCACCACCAUGUGGCCCAAAAAAACAAAAAACAAAACAGAAAAAAUGACUCAUCUGUAAGGCUUCAUUUGCAAGGAAAGCAGGUGCUUCCAUCUUAUCUAACGUGUCUUUCUAGAUCACUGGAGCUGCAGAAAGGUGGAAAACCAAAUGCAGUUGCAUCCUCAGAUAGGCUGUGAUCUAGUGGAUAGAAGCCCAGCAGAUCCACUCCAUAGCUGGAUUCUGGAGCUGCAGUGUUGAACUGUUCUCAAGGAGCUAAGGCUCCAGCAGGGAUGACCUUAGACAGUUUUGUAAAGGGUUUUUGUUUUUUUUUGUUUUUUGGGUCACACCUGGCGAUGCACAGGGGUUACUCCUGGCUCUGCACUCAGAAAUUACUCCUGGCGGUGCUCAGGGGACCAUAUGGGAUGCUGGGAUUUAAACCCGGGUCGGUCGCGUGCAAGGCAAAUGCCCUACCCACUGUGCUAUCGCUCCAGCCCCUGUAAAGGGUUUUAAAUGCUGUUAAGUGCAAGUUAGAAAGUAAAAAGGGUCAGAGGGAGAGUAAGCAAGUAGCCAUUUGUCCUUCACUUGGCUGCCUGGGUUCAGCCCCAGGACCGCAUAUGGUGCUGUGCCUUGAGUGCAGAGUAACCUUUGAGCAACUCUCCCCCCCUCCACACAAAGAAAGUAGUGCUCCGCCCAAAAGAAAAGUAGGAAUGGCCAGCUCAUUCAGGCAGAAUCAGGAAGCCUCCUCUGUACUAAAAGAAUGAAGAAGGGGGUGUUUACAUAGGGGGACAAAGGGUAGCACAGACAGAGGAAUAAUCUGGCUCUAUUAGAGGCUUGCCGAGUUAGACUGGCAGUAACUGAGGGCUGGGGACCCACCAGGGGAGAUGUCAUGAUACAUGCUAGAAAGCAAGAAGCCAGAUGCAGGGGGCGGCAGAGUCCAGGCGACAGGGCUCUUCUCAGAGAAAGGGCUAACAGAGCUGUGGCUGUCGGGCAGAGCUGACACGCAAGCAAAGGCUUUGAAAAGUCUGACUAGUUGGAUUCAAACUAGUCUGGCACCAGGGCCAUCUGCUGAGUUUUACAAUAGUGCUCAUGGCCAGGGGAGCAGCUGGGCGCCUUUACAAGUCCCAGGAAGUUUGGGCUGGAGAGAGUACAGCGGGGAGGGUGCUUGCUCUGUAUGUGGCUGACCUGGGUUUGGUCCCUGGCAUUCAUAUGGUCCUCUAAGCCCUACCAGGAGUGAUCCCUGAGCACAGAGCCAGGAGUAAAUCCUGAGCAUGGCCAGUUGUGGCCAAAAAAACAAAAACACCCGGUCUACUAAAUGCCAUCCUCUUGCAGAUGCUGGCCUGGGAGAGCUGUGCUCUCGGGGUAGAAAGUUACCGAUGACUGCGUGUGCAUGUUAGGUAAUAGGACUAUAUCUGUAACAUUUUCUUUCUCACUGUGAUCAUUGUAUUAUGGUUCCUAAGAGAAAAAUUCUCAGGAAAUACAUAUCAAAGUAUUCUGAGAUGAAGAGUUCUUUUGUCAGUAAUUCAGUGGCACAUAAAAUUAUAAAAUGGGGCAGGGAUUUGCUAUAUGCUAGUAAGUCAUUUGCCGUGCAUGUGCAAGGCCCUUGUUCAAUCCCUGGCGCUGUAAAAAUAAAGAUACGUAUAUACAGAAAUACAUAAAAUGGUAAAGUAAAUGUAAAAAGAUGGGCUAACUGUUAAUUAACAAUGAUUAAUUCAUUCUUAAUGUUGUUUGUACUAUUCCUAUGCCUGUUUUAUAAUUCCGAAAUUUCAAAAAUAAAAAUUUUUCUCAUUAAUGGAGAAUAAAAUAUAAUA